CGCCUGCCACUCCCACGCAGCGGUAUCCGGACCUUGAAAUCUGCUGCCAAAGUUGGGGGUGCAUUGGGCACUGGGCAUUGGGCAUCAUUUUCCCACCUCUAGCGGCAUUAUUCCCAUUUUGAAUCACAACACACUGCGAGUCACCAAUUCUUUCCUUCGCCAACUGGCUCCUCCUCUUCGCUUGCAACAUUGUCGGCGUCAACAAGAUCAUCUGUCACUUAUCCUCUUCUUCCUCGAAUCCAUCUUUACCCUUCACUCCCAGCUUUCAAUAUCGACUCUGCCGUAGAUCUGGGCAUCUCUGUUCUUACUCCUCGGCUGAACGCUUAUGUUUUCUUCGCCUCUGGCCGUCCCUUCCUUCCCCACGGAUCCACCUUUUCGGAAUUUCGCAAGUCGCUGGCGGUCACCACUCUCGACCACCAUCUACCUGUGCUGAGGGACAUUGAUAUCGCCACAUCCCAACACCGGAUCUGGCCAUCUGGACGGUCGUCACAGCCUGAAGCUAUCUCGUUCAGCCUGCCCUGCGUGGGUUGGUUGAACGCGGUAAUUCCUUGACCUCACUCAUUGUCUAAUGGGGUCGUCAAGCCGUCAUAGCCACGUCCACGUCGACAUUACCCACGUUCGCUCGCGCUCCCCUUCUCCCUCUUCUCAAGACGACGAGCUUCACGAGAACGGAGUCCAAGUCUCUCCCGCCGAAAUUUCCCCUCAAUAUUCCGUGAUCCAGCCAACCCAAAGUCAGAGCGGCUCCUCGUCACAUCCUGGCGAUUUCGUACAGUUAGACUACCCUCACGAAUUGCAAGAAGGUGAUGGCUCCGACUCAGCCUCAAGAGUAGAUCAUCGGGAAAGAGUACAACGAUACGACACUCGAUCAGACUCAACACGGCGGCAGCCGUCUCAUCGUCAACAGUCCAUACGCGAGCCAGCACGCAGUCGCACGCGAGAAUUAAGAGAGGCCCCACCCACUGAAAGUGGUGACUCUACAGAAGAGUUCCUGCGGACAGAUAUCGAUCCUCGAAUGCCUCGACCUCAAUCAUACUAUGGGCCAAACGGGUAUACACAGAGCGCUUCCUCAGGCUCAUAUGCAUACCCCGCUGUGCCUCAUUCUGGUCAGAUGAUACCUCUACAAGCACAACCUAUGGCCAUGCCCUAUCCAUCUCACUAUCCUCACAUGGGCGGCGCCCAACCAAUGCAAUAUCCUCCACCAUCAGGUUACAGCGGGGGAUAUCAUCAUGCCCCAUCUCAAGUCAGCUCUCCAUAUUCACCCCCGUACGGUGCUCCCACCAUAGUGAGCUACGGGGGACCACCACCGCCGGGGGGUGGCUAUUUCCCCGGACAGUAUCCUCCUCAAUUCGGACCACAGCAAUACCCUCAUCAAUAUCUCCAGUACCACCAGCAGAUGCCCUACCCGUACAUGGACUAUCGCAUCCCGCCUCCAUUGGCACCCUCUCCUCAGCCAGGAUCUGCGAAUGUUUCUGCUGAUAAGCUAGAGACCAAGAAAGAGGACCCGGAGGAGAUGUUUAAGCGAUUCGCAGACUUGUUCAAGGAACAAAACGCACAAGCAGAAAUGACGAAAGAAGCGCAAGCCGCCGAGAAGGCCAAAGCAGCGGCGGCACAGGCUGAACAAGAAGCUCGUAUUCGGCAGGAUGCUCUCCGGCAGGCGGAGGAGAAGACACGGCAAGAUGCCAUCCGCGCAGAAGAAGAGAAGCGUAUUCGAGAUCAAGCUCUCAUACAAGCAGCCGAGAAAGCGAGAGCCGAAGCUGUAGCGGCAGCGGCACGUGCCGAAGAAGAGAGACGAAUCCGCGAAGAAGCCAUCUUGGCGGCUGAAGCCAAGGCCCGUGCCGAUACUGCCGCCUUGAACGAGCGUAUGGAAGCAGAGCGCCGCAUUCGAGAGGAAGCCAGACAAGAAGCCAUACGUGCAUAUGAGGAACAAGUCAGAAAGGCGGCUGAGCAGGCUGCUCACGAACAACAGAUCCGCAAAGAAGCCGCCGAGGCCGCAUUGCGGGCUGCCGCUGAAGAGGCCGCUGCUAAAGCUGAGAAGGCAGCGGCUGAAAAGAAGAUUGCAGACGAAGCUGCAGCGGCUGCCAAGUCCCAAGCCGAGAAGGAUGCGGCAGACGCAGCGGCAGCAGCCCAAGCCGAAGCCAAGAAGGCGCAAGAAGAAGCUGAGGCUAAAUUGAAAGAAGCGGAAGCCCAGGCAGCUAAAGCCAAGGCGGAAGCAGAGGAAGCUGAAAAGAAGGCUGCAGCUGCAGCUCCCCCAGAAAAGAAGGCCCCGGUCAGAUUCAAGGACGCGAUUGGGCGCAACUAUAACUUUCCCUGGGAACGAUGUCACCGCUGGAGAGACAUGGAAGGACUGAUCAACCAGGCCUUUGCACACGUCGAGGGUCUCGCAGACGCGGUGUUGGCUGGGCGCUACGACUUGAUCGGUCCUGACAAGGAAAUAAUCAUGCCCAACUACUGGGAAUCGACUAUCGAGCCUGACAUGCACAUCUCCAUGAUGCUGUGGCCAGUUCCAGAACCCAAGGAAGAAGGCCCACCGGCCCCUCCUGAUUUAGACCCAGAUGCUAUUCUCAUGGUGGACGAAAUCCUCAACCCUAGAGAAAGGAAAAAACGUAGGUCUAUUGAGUCCUUUUGUAUAUUGGAGUGCCCCGCUGAUCUAACGGAAGCCCCAGCCAAGAAGAAAAAAGUAGGAGGAGGAAUCGCCAGCUGGAUGCUGGGAGGAGCUCCCAGUCGGUCCUCCUCGCGGGCUUUAAAAGGUGAGAAAAAGCCUGAAUUAGCCGCUCGAUCGCAGCACGGUGCAGCCGAACAAGAUUCGUGCGCCGUUAUGUGACGGGGCUGUUUUCCUCUCGACAUGAGCGAUCGUAUGAUUGGUUUCUUCAGGCUCGAAGGAAUGAUGUGAAAAUCGACGACAAGAAGCGGAUGCUUGGGUGGUACCAUUGAACCUUCAUUCAUUGCACCCCUGUACACUUCUACCACGGUCACGACUCCUCAAUCCUUUUCCUACUCGAAGUACCAGUCGACUACGAUCAAUUUUGUCGAGACGGGACAGCCUCUUACAUAGGCUACAUCAGGAGGCAUGGCUUUGUCCUCCCGAAGACUCGGGAUCGGUUUUUCAUGCCUCAAGGGGACGACAAAAUGCAGUGGAUGAAAACCCUCUCUUAUGUUGCGACGAUUCACGAAAAUGGGAUCUAGCGGGAGUUCUGAAACACGUAUGAUAUUUAGCGUUUUUUGGUUGAAAAAGAAAGCUGCAUUUGAUUGUGGUGCAUGUGUCGACUAGUGAUAUCUGAUGAAUAUCAUACAUGCGAGGAUGUUGGUCUAUACAUCCAUGGUUCGGGCGUUGUGUUGGUGGAUUUUCGAGAUACCCCCAAUGCAUCAUGGCAGGGUUGUGUAUUGCUGGCCAGAAUCAGCCCGUGUCCCACCCAUCAGUAGAAGUAUUAUAGCAAUGAGGUUUCCUGUGGAACCUAGAAGUCGCAGCGACUGGUCCCAAAUUUAGGUACUGUACUAGAAGAAAAUGUUAGAAAGAUUGGUCUCUCCAA